CGGGAGCAUUAGGAGCAUCCGCCCUUCUCCUUGUGGAAUUGUACCUUGGGCUGUUGGGGCCGUAGCUGUAGAAACCGAAGAUACGAUGGCAGAUGAUAUGGAUAUGUCGAACCCACACCUUCUCUCGCCCCCGCGGGCGAACAAUGGAAAGGAAAGAAGAAACCCGUCCAUCACUCCAAGAAAGUUCAGACGAUUCUUCACUCCUCGCUCUCGAGUCCCUACACGAAUUAGCCCGGCUAGACAGGCUCUCCAGGAUCUCGCUGUACCCUUCGUCAGCAACCGAUAUCAGACUCCUGCUCCUUCCAGCCCGCUGCUGCCACCCACUGAGGACCAUCAACGGGAUGAAAACAUUGAUCACCUAGAUAUUCGAUUGCCCAAGAGACGAAAAUUUCAGCACACUCCCGAUUCUUCACCAUGUCGACCUUCUCUAAUGCCCGACCCAAACAAUGGGAGACUAAGCCCCUCGCCAAGCACCAGGUCAGCAUUGCUUAGCCCAAUUAGGUCUCUGCAAGCAAUCGAGGAGAAUAUCGACUCGGAUCAAGAUGAGAGCGAGGAUGAACUUCCACCCCAGCCAAGGCCAUUGAGACGCUUAGUUCCCGUGACUAGUCGCGGCUUUGCCGGCCAGCUCGCACAAAGACAGUUGGGAGGAAUGCCUCGUGCUGGACGCUCGUAUAUGUCAUUUCCGACCUCCGACUGGAGGGUCCAUACCGCCGACUUUUAUUCCAGGCCUGACGACGUUCAUUCAUGUGUCAGUCAUGACGGCCCGGGCAGAUGUAUUCCGUUUUGCGCGGCCGCAUGUCACAGAAACAGUCUCACGGCAGUAGGAGAUGAAGAAGGCCGUGUUCGCUUACUUGAGUCUUCCGGUGGCCCAACAGAGCCAUUCAGCAGGAUACACCUAUGUUUCCAAGCUCAUAGCAACGCCAUCAUCGACCUAGAUUUUUCAGAUGAUGAUCAUCGUCUCGCCACUGCCUCUGGUGACCAGACUGGACGAGUCAUAGAUAUGAUGACGCAAACUCCAAUCUCAAUCCUCCAGCAUCAUACCGCCUCCCUUAAACAAGUACGAUUUCAGCCAGGAAAAUCCAAUAGCAGUGUGCUCGCAACGUCUUCUCGUGACGGCAGUGUCCAAAUUUGGGAUCUCCGUUGUUCAGGACCAUUAGUACAGGAUGUUCUUCCCCCUCAGGACCGUGAAACUGCCCUACGAUUCCGACGUCCGCCGCCAAAACAAGGUUGUGCCGUGAAUAGCCUCUACCAUGCUCACGCACGUACAUCACGUCAAGUUCAACAAGCCACGGCUGGACAGGGGGAUACUCCAUCACGUCGUGAGCUACCUGCCCGCAUAGGCGAUGUAUCUGUGACAACUCUGCAAUUCCUUCCCGAAGGGCAAGAACACUUGUUACUCACAGCCUGUGAGGCGGAUGCAUCUAUUAAACUUUGGGACAUUCGAUCUAUUCAUUCCUCCCGUCAGAAAGUCCCCUCCGCAUUGUCGGCAACUACUCCUCCUUCAUCGCACCUAAAUUGGAGGCCGUUUGGCAUAUCGUCUCUAGCACUGAACACGGACGGCUCUCGGUUAUACGCACUCUGCAAGGACAACACCGUGUACGCGUACUCGACUGCUCAUCUCAUACUAGGUCAUGCGCCAGAACUUUCUACGCGAAACGGCGAACCACCACGACGUCGCCACAACGCAGUAACUCAUCAAGGUCUAGGCCCGCUGUACGGUUUCAGGCAUCCUUCAUUGCACGCAUCAAGUUUCUAUGUCAAAUGUGCCGUAAGACCAGCGCGUGAUGGUAAAAGUGAAGUUUUAGCGGUAGGGAGUAGCGAUAACUGUGCUAUACUAUUCCCUACGCAGGAACGUUACUUCAGAGACGACCUAUCUGGCGCGAUGGGCGCUCUUAGUCUGGACAACUCAACCAUAGCCACAUCGAAUCAGCAAUCGACUCCAAUCACGCCUAUUGAACCAACGGUUCGCAGACCGUUGUUUAGGACCAACAGUACGGUUGCUAUUUCGGCGCGACUCAACGAUGAUAUUCCGAUUGUGAAGAAGGGGACUCCGCUUGUCCGAGGCCACGAAAGUGAGGUCGGCGCGCUGACUUGGACGAACGAGGGCAAGCUUGUUACGGCAGGAGAUGACUACUUGAUCCGCUGCUGGAGUGAGGGGAGAGAAGACGCAGAGGACCUGAGGACUGGAGGUGAGGGUGAAGGUAGACGGUGGGGAUGCGGAUGGGCGGAAGUUGGAGAAGAUUGGGAUGUUCCCGAUGAUGACGAGGAGUAGAAGGCUUGAAAGGAAGUGAAAAUAGGAGUGGUGGGUCGUACAUACAACAAGCAUGGCAUGGCGUUAGGUGUUACUGAGCAGGCAUCGAGCAUUAAGCAUCUGAGCAUUAAGUUUCAAGGCGGAACUGAAUACCCCCUUUCCAUAGUAAGGUAACGGGACACUGCUUUACACGCGGAUUGAUCAUUAUACAUUUCCUGAUAUUCAAAAAA